AUGGACUACCAGAAUCAAGGUCAAGGUGUAAAAAAUGAUUGUGAUGAUAAAACAAACCUUAUUAUAAAUUAUUUACCUCAGCAUAUGACAGACAAGGAGUUGUAUUCAAUGUUUGUCACAAUAGGCCCUGUUCAAAGUUGCAGGGUAAUGAAAGACUUUAAGACAGGAUAUUCCUAUGGGUUUGGGUUUGUUAAAUACUGCAAAGAAGAAGAUGCAAGUCGUGCAAUUGGAACAUUGAAUGGAUUACAAGUUCAAAAUAAAAGAUUGAAAGUGUCAUAUGCUAGACCGGCAGGAGAUGACAUUAAAGAUACAAAUUUGUAUGUGACAAACUUACCGAAGAAUAUAACAGAACAAGAAUUAGAUAACAUAUUCGGUCCAUAUGGAUUUAUUGUUCAAAAAAACAUUUUGAAAGAUAAAGUGACUGGAAUGCCUCGAGGUGUGGCAUUUGUUAGGUAUGACAAGAAAGAGGAAGCUCAGGCAGCCAUUAGUAAUUUAAAUGGAGUUGUUCCAGAUGGUGCAACUGAAGCAAUUCAAGUGAAAAUUGCAGAAGAACAUGGAAAACAGAAAGCAGUUUAUUUUGCCGGUUGGCAUGCUGGUUUUUCUCAUAAAGGUAACUCAUACCUUGCUCAUUGCUAA